AUGGCUUCUGAAACUAGUCACCACUCAAAUUCUCAACUUCACUUUGUUCUCUUCCCAUUCAUGGCUCAAGGCCAUAUGAUUCCCAUGGUUGAUAUCGCAAGGCUUUUGGCUCAGCGCGGUGUGACCAUAACAAUUGUCACGACGCCUCACAACGCAGCGAGGUUCAAGAAUGUCCUAGGCCGUGCCAUCGAGUCUGGCUUGCCCAUCAACAUAGUGCAUGUGAAGUUUCCAUAUCAAGAAGCUGGUUUGCGAGAAGGGCAAGAGAAUGUAGAUUUGCUUGAAUCGAUGGGGUCAAUGUUACAAUUCCUUAAAGCGGUUAACAUGCUUGAAGAACCGGUCAUGAAGCUGAUGGAAGAGAUGGAACCAAGACCAAACUGUCUGAUUUCUGAUAUGUGUCUCCCUUAUACAAGCAAAGUCGCCAACAAGUUCAAGAUACCAAAGAUCGUUUUCCAUGGCAUGUCAUGUUUUCAUCUUCUGUGUAUGCUACUUCUACGCAGAAACCGCGAGAUCUUUGACACUAUAAAGUCAGACAAAGAGUAUUUCCUCAUCCCUUAUUUCCCUGAUAGAAUUGAAUUUAAGGAAUUUCAAGUUCAUCUCGUAACAGAUGCUGACGGAGAUUGGAAAGAUUUCAUGGACGACUUGGUAGAUGCUGAUAACAAAUCAUAUGGUGUGAUCGUCAACACAUUUCAGGAGUUGGAGCCUGCUUAUGUCAAAGACUACAAAGAGGCAAGGGCUGGAAAAGUAUGGUCCAUUGGACCCGUUUCCUUGUGUAACAAGACAGGAACAGACAAAGCAGAGAGGGGAAACAAGGCGACCAUUGACCAAGGUGAGUAUCUUAAAUGGCUUGAUUCUAAAGAAGAAGGUUCAGUUCUCUAUGUUUGCCUAGGAAGUAUCUGCAACCUUCCUCUGGCUCAGCUCAAGGAGCUCGGGCUAGGCCUCGAGGAAUCCCAAAGACAUUUUAUUUGGGUCAUAAGAAGCUGGCAGAAGUACAACGAAAUAGUUGAGUGGAUAACACAGAGCGGUUUCGAGGAAAGAAUCAAAGAUAGAGGCAUUCUCAUCAAAGGAUGGUCUCCUCAAAUGGUUAUCCUUUCACAUCCUUCCAUUGGAGGAUUCUUAACACACUGCGGAUGGAACUCAACUCUAGAGGGGAUAACCGCUGGUCUACCAUUGCUUACAUGGCCGCUCUUUGCAGAUCAAUUCGGCAACGAGAAAUUGGUCGUGGAGGUACUUAAAGCCGGAGUAAAAGUUAGUGUUGAGCAGCCUAUGGAAUGGGGAGAAGAGGAGAAGAUAGGAGUGUUGGUGGAUAAAGAAGGAGUGAGGAAGGCAGUUGAAGAGUUAAUGGGUGAGAGUGAUGAUGCAAAAGAUAGAAGAAGAAGAGCCAAAGAGCUUGGAGAAUUAGCUCACAAGGCUGUGGAUGAAGGAGGCUCUUCUCAUUCUAAUAUCACAUUCUUCUUACAAGACAUAAUGCAGCAAGUGAAAUCCAAGAACUGA